AUGAUGCCUGAUCUAGCCGACCUCAAUGAUGUCAUUGACGAUACGCCUCCACACGUGACGGUUGGCGGCAGCGAAUCUGGAAAGCUCCACCCGAUCUGUUCUCUAGAGACGGGGGCCGAAUAUAGAAGGUUCAAGAACUGCUUCCCUGUCUUGACGGACGGCGUCGAGCCAAGUCUUCAGUUGCACCCCUCUAUCACAGUCAUUCUCUUUUCUAUCAAUGGAACCCUAAUGCCGAAGGUCCAAGAACCACUUCCAUAUCUUGGUGAACUGAGUCUAGCGAUAGUGGCGCCGAACCGAGGGCAAUAUAACUGA